CCAACUUCUCCUUCGACCACUCUCCCUCCCUCCUAGCGACUGCCUUUCCCUCCCUCCUCCCUCUCCGCACCGUUCUCUACGACCAGCCACGAUGUUUUUCAAGCUCAGCACCCUCGCCGUCCUUCUCCCCUUCGUCCACGCUCUGACGAUUAAUACGCCCACCAACCUCACCUCCGCCGGCACUGCGACAAUCUCAUGGACCACCGGUCCGAACGACCCGUCCACCUGGUCGCUGGAGCUUUCAAACCCCAACAACUUCCAUAAUACGUUUGCCAUUGCCAACAAUGUCGACCCAGCCGCGGGUUCCAUCAAUAUCCCACUUCCCCCUGUCCCUUCUGGCGAUGGUUACAUUAUUGAGGCCGUCAACAUCACGAAUAUCAACGACGUGUUCGCCAUGUCGGGUGACUUCUCCAUCGCUCCUGCUGUCUCUUCUACUUCGUCGAGCGCGUCUUCCACCACAUCUGGUUUGUCUUCCACCUCUGGUUCCUCUGCGGCCUCUGUCACCUCGGGUAGUUCCGGCGCUAGCGCAAGCACCUCGUCGUUCGGUACCACUGUCUCGGGCUCCUCUACGCCAGCUUCAUCGGGCACUGGCACUUCCAGCACUACUGGAAGCAGCCCGAGCCCAAGCUCAUUCAACGGCAACGGCGCUGCGUCGAUGGGCGUCGGCUCCUGGUUCGCCAUGGCUGCUGCUGCGAUCGCCGGCGGUCUCGUCGCCGUCUAGGCAACGCCGGACGAUCUUUCAGCAACGUUGGCAGGAGAGAUGAUCUGGACGAACGCUUGCAUUUCAGGUUUUAUUUCCUUUCCCCACGCCUUUACGGACUAUCGUUACCCAGACUUUCUUUAUAGUACUCAUGGACUUCAGCAUGCACGCACUUGGACUGUACCCUUCCACGUCUAUAAUCUACAUUCGUGACUUUGUGAAUACAUUGGGGACCCUUGAUAUACAUAUAAUAUGAACUGAAGCGUGUGUGGUCUAUGUCGCUAUGUUUCCGUUAGGAUCGAUGGUCUCCCGAUCGAAACAGGUGUCGCCUAAACCACGGUGACUUCUUGCCGUCCAAACGCGCUAGGCUUGUUCAAGGACCGCCUCAUCCGAUCUGCUGCCGUCGGCUCGGGGCUGGGUGAGACUAGAGGAAACAUGGGCCUCGCUAUCAUUAGGCACGGCGUCCGAUCCUGGAGUCUGCAGUAGGGGCUGGCGGUCUCCAGUCCAGAACCUGCAGGCGGCGAGAACAUCUGAGGAGGAUGCAAAGAUCAGGAACGUAGUCAGAGGCAUGGCAGCUUCGUAGACAAUGGGGAUGACGUGCGUCGCGGAGCUCGUGAGAUAAAAGCCCAGCGCGAAUAACACGAAGAGGAAGAGUUGGCAGACAGUGAACGCUAAGACUCUGAGGCAUAGGCCUUUGCCGAAAACACGACACGGUUUAAGGUGUGGGACGUUCCGCCAGAUGCGUCGGCACUGAACGAUGGUGUAAAUUUGCAGCGAUACUGUGAAGAAGACGAUGCAACAAGAGAAAAUUUCGAGCCCGCGGCCGUAUGACUUAUGCAGCAGUGUACAAUAGUAGUCGUCGGGCAAGUGCUUAACUGCCUCCGGGUAUGCGGCUCCAAGGCUUGCGGUUGUGAGCGCGAAUAUGACAAAGAUCGCGUAUGGCAGGGCAACCAGCAGACGGACCCUAAUUUUGCGACGGAGACAACAGGCAAGAAACUCUGUCUCGCACAAGACCUCUAAUAGCAGCGCCAGGGAGGCAACGCUGUACAUGGGGUCCGAGCCGUGUUUGAGAAUCGCUUGAGCCAAGCAUAGACCGAAAGGCGGAUUAGGGUUGAGGAUCUCUUCUCCAUAGUACAACAAGGGUUGCGGGACGGUGCUCAGGAUGCUGACGAGUAAUAAGUUUCGCAUGGCAGCGUUCCGUUUUCUGACCUGCUUGGAGAUACAGAUGAUCCCCAGCAAAGCGGUAAGGAGGGCCUGCCCCACAGUAAGGAGUACGAACAAGACGUUCAGCAGCGCAACAGGGUCCCGCCCCAGCAUCGGGUACAUGCCGUCUGAGGCAUCCGGUGCCUUGUGGUGUUCGUCAUGUCCCGAAUGCUCUAGCGACAUCUUGUACCUGCAACCGAGACCUGCAGCCGGGCGGGUCUAGGCAAAGCCGCGAGCGAGCCGCUGUUGUGCCGUCGAUGCAGACUGCCAGAGGAUGGCCCUAGGGUUCUAGAACAGCGGCGCAGGAUAUCGGUGAGGGCACGAGGGAAUAUUCCGAUUACCGGCCUUAAAUUAUAAUCUUUGACAGUAUCCGUGUUGGUUACCGGAAAUUGCAUAUGGGCUAAGCUCCAUGC